AUUCCACACGGUCACCGGGCGAGUACAAGAACACGUCGCUCGUUACAAUGCCACCUUAGAAAUCCAAAAUUUCCCCCAAGUCACCGACACACCCCCCCCUGAUCCUCACCCACUCAAGUGCUCUCUGCAAUUCUUGAAAUCCCUUUCCUCAUCCAGAACUCCUCUGUCUGUUCAAAUCUUUUGAUCAAUUUCUCUUCUGGAUUCAAUCUUCUCUUUGAUCAAACCUUCUGUUGGGUAUUCUUAUAGGAAUCUUAAAGAAAAACCCAGAAUGGUACGAGUGAGUAACAACCUUGUAGGCAUCCUCAACUUCAUCACAUUCCUCCUCUCAAUCCCAAUCCUCGCAGGAGGCAUUUGGCUCUCACGCCAGGGCUCAACAGAAUGCGAACGCUUCCUUGAAAAACCAGUAAUCGCCCUUGGAGUUUUUCUCAUGUUAGUCUCUCUGGCCGGCCUCGUAGGCUCAUGUUGCCGAGUCUCAUGGCUCCUCUGGAUCUAUCUACUUGUCAUGUUUCUUCUCAUAGUCCUUCUCUUUUGCUUCACUAUUUUUGCUUUUGUGGUGACUAACAAAGGGGCUGGGGUGGUGGUUUCUCAGAAAGGGUAUAAGGAGUAUAGGCUUGGGGACUAUUCCAACUGGUUGCAGAAGAGGGUGAAUAAUCAAAAGAAUUGGAACAGGAUUAAGAGUUGUCUUCAUGAUAGUAAGGUUUGUCAAAGCUUGAUUGAUGAUGGUUCUAAUCCCCCUGUUGACCAGUUCUACCAUGAACACCUCUCUGCCCUCCAGUUUUUUGUUUUAUAA